AUGACAGACAUUAUUAAAGACGAGGAUUUGCCCAGGGUCUUAUUCCUUCACAGGAUCAAUGGAGGCCCAACCGGCAGCGUGCAGCGCCUGAUUCAGCGCUCAGUGGGAAGAGGCAAGUUCAUGGCGCCUGACCUGAAGAGUCGGAAACUCCUCUUCUUGUACACAGUCGCGUUCGCUGUUUUCAUCGUCAUGCAGUUUGUCUGCACCGUGCUAUUCUGGCUCUACCUCUCUCGUCUGUACGCAUCCCUGCUUACGGGUACCGCGAUAGUACUCUGCGUGACUGCGUACUGCCUUGGUGGGCGAGGGCUGUCAACACUUAUCCUGAGAACGGCACUGCGAGAGGCUACAGAAGCCUUCCGGCGAUUUAGGCCUCAGGUAAUUGCUGCAUCGUCGUUCGGUGCUGUCGUCGCCCUCCACAUGGAUAUCCCCAAAAUGCCUAUGAUACUUUUCUCUCCUGCUCAAGAAAUGUAUCAGAGGUACAUACGGUCGGACCAGGAGAUGUCCUUGCGCAGCUAUCCUUACACUUUGAUCGUCCACGGAAGUCGAGACUCCGUCGUGCCUCUUCAAGACUCGAUUCAUCUCGUCGAGACAUCCGAGUUGGGUCGUUGCAGACUGGAGGUGGUCGACGACGACAAUAAGCUGCACUCACUCACGCAACAGGAAGUCAGCAUUUGGAUUGAGGAAGUCUUCAAACGGGGCAGAGCGAAUGUGCAGAUGCUGGCUGCAGAGGGAGACAAAACAGUGGACCCUACAUUGUUCGAAACUCCCAAUCUUGAGGCAGGGGAGCCCCAACGAGAGGAGACGAACAAGCCUUUCGAAGGUUCGGACGCAGGCUCAGAUGACGAAACGGCAUCCUUUGGAGAAGCAAGCGCAGUGCCAAAGGACAAUGCUCACAACAGAGGCUCCGGGUCUUCCGCAUCAACCGAUGCGGACGCCACCGGUCCUUAG